UCAAAAUCUCGAAAUGAACAUCAUGAUAUUUUGUUUAAAAAAGUCACGCAUAGGAUCAAAUUAUAUUUGCACGUUUUUCUUAUACAUCAAUAUUUGUCUUGAACCAAAUCUUGGAUUCGACUCGAUCGAUUCCAUAAACUUGGAAAUAAAAAAACUUGCAAUUGAACAACAUGAUAUUUUGUUAAAAAAAAAAAAAACAAUUCUCACAUAUGAUCAAAUUAUAUAGGCUACUACUUUGCACGUUUUUCUUAUAAAUCUAUAUAUUUAUCUUGAAUCAAAUCUUGGAUUCGACUCGAUCGAUUCCAUAAACUUGGAAAUAAAAAAACUUGCAAUUGAACAACAUGAUAUUUUGUUUAAAAAAAAAAAAAACAAUUCUCACAUAUGAUCAAAUUAUAUAGGCUACUACUUUGCACGUUUUUCUUAUAAAUCUAUAUAUUUAUCUUGAAUCAAAUCUUGGAUUCGACUCUAUCGAUUCUAUAAACUUGGAAAUAAAAAAACUUGCAAUCGAACAACAUGAUAUUUUGUAAACAAACAAACAAAAAUGGUCAAAUUAUACUUUGUACGUUUUUCUUAUAAAUCUAUGUAAGCCUAUUUGUCUUGAAUCAAAUCUCGGAUUCGAAUAAAAAAAACUUGCAAUGAACAACAUGAUAUUUUGUAAACAAACAAACAAAAAGGGUCAAAUUAUACUUUGUACGUUUUUCUUAUAAAUCUAUGUAUUUGUCUUGAAUCAAAUCUCGGAUUCGACUCGAUCGAUUCUAUAAACUUGGGAAUCGAAAACACCAUAAACCUUCCGUUUGAGCCAGCUCUCAUUGCGCACCUUCCUUCCCUUUUCGUCCAAGGCUCACUUUUACUUGAAGCCCGUUUUGAGGAAUGCACGCUCGUCUUGCACUAGCAUUCCUGCCUCCUCCUAGACAUCACAUCCGGGUCACUCGGCAGUCAGCGUGUAAGCGAGCGUGCUCCUCCAUACAGUUGCGUACUGCUGCUGCAGCUCUCAGCGCAACUCCACUGCAUGUAACAUGGACACUACGAGCAGCGGCCAGCCGCGGAGGAUCUGAGCGCGCCUCGGGACUCGCGAUACGCCACACCGGGGCAGGGAUGAGGUACCAUCCAGCAGCCGCACACUGGUAGGCGAGUCGUCAAUUGUCAGCGAUGUCAAAGAGUCUGAAGAAGAAGAACCACUGGACGAACAAAGUCCACGAAGCGGUGCUCACUAGGAAUAAGGAGGGCGAGCUGGGGUUCGACUUGAAAGGGGGCGCCGAGAACGGCAAUUUCCCUUAUUUUGGGGAGGUGAAGCAGGGUAAGGUGGCCAUCCAGAGCGGCAAGCUGUCCCAGGACGAGCUGCUCUUGGAGGUCAACGAUACACCGGUGGCGGGGCUCACCAUCAGGGAUGUGCUGGCCGUGAUCAAGCACUGCAAAGACCCGUUCCGGCUGAAGUGCGUGAAGCAAGGAGGUGUUGUGGAUAAAGAUCUCCGGCAUUAUCUCAACCUACGGUUCCAGAAGGGUUCAGUGGACCACGAGCUUCAACAAAUAAUACGUGACAACCUCUACCUCCGGACUGUGCCGUGCACAACGAGACAGCCCAAAGAGGGGGAGGUCCCAGGUGUGGACUACAACUUUGUGAGCGUGGAGCGGUUUAUGGAAUUAGAGAAAAGUGGGGCUUUGUUAGAAAGUGGAACAUAUGAAGAUAACUUCUAUGGCACGCCAAAGCCUCCUGCCGAACCCACGCCGAUGCUGUUUAAUGUGACGGACCAACUCUUGCCCGGUGCCCGACCUAGUGCAGAGGGAAAAAGGAAGAGGAAUAAGUCCGUCAGCAACAUGGAGAAGGACAGCAUUGAGCCACCAGAAGAGGAUGAGGAAGAGAGCCCCGUUGUCAAUGGCAACGGCAUCGCCAUCACACCAGAAUCGAGUGAACAUGAGGACAAGAGCACCGAUGCGUCCGGAGACGUGCCCGUCCAGCCAUGCCCACCCGAGACCCCCACCCUCACCUCCACAGAUGCCCCUGAGGAGGAAGGAGAUGCCCCCAAGUCCCCACAGGACUCGCAGGAGAAUGACGAACUGGGCCCUUUGCCAGAUAACUGGGAGAUGGCCUACACUGAGAAAGGAGAAGUUUACUUCAUAGAUCACAAUACCAAAACGACGUCAUGGCUCGACCCUCGACUAGCGAAGAAAGCCACCCCAGAGGAGUGUGAGGAAGAUGAACUUCCAUAUGGCUGGGAGAAAAUAGACGACCCUAUUUAUGGCAGUUACUAUGUUGACCACAUUAACAGAAGGACACAGUUUGAGAACCCCGUCCUAGAGGCCAAACGAAGGAUGCAACAGCAACAGCAAAUGCAAAGUCAAGGUCUAUCGGCGCUGCCAUUGCCCACAAUAUAUAGAGAAAAGCCUCCAUUCACAAGGGACGCCACACAACUCAAAGGGACGUUCCUCACCACGGUGCUACAGAAGAGCAACAUGGGAUUCGGCUUUACCAUCAUUGGUGGCGACGAGCCGGAUGAGUUCCUACAGGUCAAGAGCGUCAUACCUGAGGGACCUGCAGCCCAAGAUGGCAAGAUGGACACAGGUGAUGUGAUUGUCUACAUCAAUGACAUCUGUGUUUUGGGCACCACCCAUGCCGAUGUGGUGAAGCUUUUCCAGUCUGUCCCCAUUGGCCAGAGUGUCACCCUGGUGCUGUGUCGAGGUUACCCUCUCCCUUAUGACCCUGAAGACCCCUCUGCUAGUUCCUCCAUGCCCCCUUUGGGCCUAGUGGAUCACCCGUUGCUGCUCAAUGGAAGGAACAACUAUGAAAAUUACAUGGAGUACAUGUCUUUGACUGGACGCUUAGUACCUGAUCACGGCGAGGGCCUUACCCCACAUCCCCAUCCUGGAGACACACACCUGGAUGGCUCGCAGCCUCCAUCCCUGACCACACCGGGACCCCCACCCGAUGACAGCGUCUCCAUGGCAUCCUCCUCAGGCGCAACGGCCGGUGCUCAAGUGGCCCCUGAACUUCUGAGUCUCACUAUAACCAAAGGCACAGAGGGUUUCGGGUUCACCAUUGCCGACAGUCCCACAGGGCAAAGAGUCAAACAGGUUCUGGAGCCGCAGGGUUGUCCGGGGUUAUGUGAAGGAGAUUUGAUGGUGGAGAUUAAUCAGAAGGGUCUCCAGGGACUCAACCACACACAGGUGGUGCAGCUGCUCAAGGACUGUCCAGUGGGAACAGAGGCUACGCUUGUCAUUCAGAGAGGAGCAACAGCAGGCCUCUACACACCCUGGGAUCCCACAAAACAGUGGGACCCUCAAGGAAGCCCCCAGACCAGCUUGUCGGCUGCUUUGCUCCCCCACGGUGCCCCACAUCCCGGCCAGACGCUCCAUCGCUCCUCUGUUCCGGACACAGAGCCCUUCCACCUGAGCAAGCCGGACCCCUACGACCUCUAUGAGAAGUCACGUGCCAUUUAUGAAAGCAGACAGCCAGUCCCUCCUCGGACGCUGACAGACUCUACAGGUGUGGAAUAUCAGGAAGUGGAAGUGCACCUGCUGCGUGAGAAGACCGGCUUCGGCUUUAGGAUUCUGGGUGGAGACGAGGCGGUGCAGGCUAUUGUGAUCGGAGCAAUCAUAGAGAACAGCCCUGCGGAGCGCGACGGCAGACUGCGUCCGGGAGAUGAGCUGGUCUCGGUUGACAGGAUGCCCGUGGCGGGGAGACCACACCGCUACGUCAUCGACCUCAUGCACGCGGCGGCACGAAACGGACAGGUCACCCUGACCGUCAGGAGGAGAGUUCUGCUGCAGCAGGGCCAGCCAUGUGAGGAAAACGGUGCAGCGGCCAAUCAAAACAGUUCUCCCCGGGGUCAUGCUGUGUGCCCGGUCAACUUGCCCCCCACCACUGAUGUAGUUAUCCACCGUAAGGAAAGUGAAGGCUUUGGCUUCGUCAUCAUCAGCUCCCUCAAUCGUCCAGAGACCACAAACACAAUAACUGUGCCACAUAAGAUCGGCCGCAUCAUCGAGGGCAGUCCGGCUGAUCGCUGUGGGAAGCUGAAGGUUGGUGAUCGUAUUAUGGCUGUCAACUGUCAGUCUAUCAUCAACAUGCCUCACGCUGACAUUGUCAAGCUGAUCAAAGACGCUGGACUCACUGUCACCUUGCACAUCAUCCCUGAAGAAGACGUAAACGGUGCUCAUUCGGCCCCAACAUCAGAGAAGCAGAGUCCCAUGGUGGCCCAGAAGCACAGCCCUCAGACUCAGUCCAGCCCAGCAGCCCAGCAGAGCCCGACCAUGGCUCAUCCCAGCCCACCAGCCCCCCACCCCAGCCCAGCCACCACGCAGCCCAGCCCCCUGCUGAUGGAGCUGGGCCCUGGAGCUCCGCACAGCAGCCCACCAGUGACUCAAAGCAGUCUGCCUGUGAGUCAGGCCGGCCUGGAGGCCAUGCAGUCGGGCUCAGCGGUGACUCAGGCUGCUGCUGCUGUGGAUCCGGGCAUACCGGGAGUUCAGCCCACCUCCAUCGGAUCAGUGCCAGUCCCACCACAGCUGUACCUUCAUGACACCAGGUCGGAGGUUAAAGCCAGGCAGGAUGUUAAACCAGAUAUCUGCCAAGCUGCAUAUACAGACUACAGACAGCCUCCGGUGGACUACAGACAUCCUCCUGUAGCAGACUACAGACAGCCGCCCACCAUGGAGUACAGACACCCACCUGCUCUCAUAGACUACAGACAGCACUCCAUCGCCGAUUAUAGACCACAGGACUAUGACUAUUUCACUGUGGAACUGGAAAAAAGUGUGAAGGGAUUUGGCUUUAGUAUCCGCGGAGGACGGGAAUACAAGAUGGACCUGUUUGUGCUGAGACUGGCUGAGGAUGGCCCUGCAAUCCGCAACGGCAGAAUGAGAGUUGGAGAUCAGAUUAUUGAAAUUAAUGGUGAGAGUACGAGAGACAUGAGUCACACUCGUGCCAUCGAGCUCAUCAAGGCCGGCGGUCGUCGAGUACGCCUGCUGUUGAAAAGGGGCACGGGACAGGUGCCGGAAUAUGGAAUGGUACCUACCAACCUUACCAUGUGCAUGAAAAGCGACACUCUAGCCUCACCCUAUUUCUUCAUAAUGGGACACUCUAAAGACACGUGCCGCCUCCCGGAGUGCUGUCUCUCCAGCCGCCCCUGCCUUGUCGGAAGUAGUCUCACCCCCCUAGCGUGACACUCGCCCUUCGCCAUCACCUGUCAUCUCAUCCAGCCUCAAACCCUGGACUUUCAGUGGCAUUCUGUGACAGUCUGGACCAAUCACAGCGCCCCUGGUGGUCAGUUUUGUGGGGCUUCGCCUGCAGAACGAAGGGUGGCAGGUCCACCUGUAAGAGCUGUGCUUUGAACAGCCUAAAAAACGGAGGAGAUGGAUCAUAAAAGUCGAAAUUAUUAAGAACAGAUGGAGACACAUAAACCUCAAAUGGAUUGUCGCAUCCAACUUGUUUUUCAUAUAGUCUCUGAUCCAAGUUUGUUUUUCGUUUUUCCGGACGAUCCAGAUGAACGGCAGCCAAAGACGCGUGGCCCGCCCUCUCGCUGUUUAAUUCUGGAUCCAGAGCGGAAACUUCUCGCAGGGGAACGAGCCGAACUUUCAACGCCUCGUUCUUCCGUCCUGUGGACCCGAGCUCUCUUUAUUUGUUUAUCAUGUAGAGGUUGUUUAUUUUUUGUAUAAUUUCAAGAUGUUCAUACCAAACCCCUAGUGAUAUCGGGGGUCAAAUAUCGCAAAUAUAUGUGUAGCAUGAAAAGAGAUUUCUGAAGAAACACACAAACUUCUGAGUUGAGAACUUCAACGUUUCAGUAUUGCGUUUCGUUAUAUGUCUGAUGGGAAAAAGUCACCAUAGACAUUGUGAAACACUGACAGUAAAUAUAAAGGGAGACCGCCAUGAUGGAGAUACAAGGGUAUCACGCAGACCCAUUCGGCCUGAAUUAUGGGAGGUAAAUGCAUAUCAAUCGCCAAAUCUGCCGCAUGGACGUAUCUCUUUAGAUCCCAAGAUGAUAUGUUACAUUAGUAUGGUUUAGUUGAUAAAUUCCACACCCAGCCAAACGUUUGGUUACAUCGCGAACUGAACCGAAGAAGGACAGUGGAUGUUUUUCGAAGCCUCAGUGUGUCAUUGGCUCUGUACUGUGCACCACCACUGUGGAUUUGGGGUGCCAUCUUACACCUCACACCUCACAAGCUUCAUUCCUAUGUCUCUGAUGGCUCCGUAGUUCAAGAAAGCUAAUUAGCGGAGCUAAUUAAAAAAAGAUGGUUUUUUAGGACAGUUUGGUCUGAGACCAGGAGACAUGUAGUCUUUCACCGUGUCCUAACCAAGUGCAACAUGACAAAUUUGCCUGUUAGCUCUGAACGUGAAAACGCUGCAUGAUGCAACAAAAUCACAUCCACUCUUAUUUGAUAUGUAAUACACAGCAACAUGUGUUUUGGACCAAUAAGACAAUGGUGGGUGGAGCUACACAGAUACAUUUGGAAUUUGGACCGUUCCUUUAACUAUGGGCAGGGCUACAUACAGAUACAUUUAGGAGCUGGACCAAUACUACAAAUAUGGGCGGGGCUACAUAAAGAUAAAAUUGGGAUUUGGACUGAUACUAUAAAUAGGGGCGGGGCUACAUACAGAUAUAAUUGGGAUUUGGACCGAUACUACAAAUAUGGGCGGGAGUAUACAUACAGAUAAAUUUGGGAUUUGGACCGAUACUAUAAAUAUGGCCGGGGCUACAUACAGAUAAAUUUGAGAUUUAGACCAGUACAAUAACUAUGCAUUAUAUAGUUACAAGAUGCAUAAUAUUUUGGUAUAUCGGUUAUCGGCCGAUAUUGCUGUUGGUCAGUAUUGGUUAUGUAAGUUUGCAUUUUAAUUGUGAUAUUUAAAAUGCUCAUUUCCUCUGUUUUUAUAUUUAGAUUACAUUUGCAGUCUUCUAAAAAUUCAAAUUUAAUAACACUGUUAAAUGUAAUCUUUAGCAAAUCUCACAAUGAAUAUUAAUUUUUCAUACUGUACAUUAUAAUGUACUGAUGCCCAGAUUCACUUGUAACAUUUAAAAUUAUAGUUUUUUUAGUGUUUUAUUCAUAUUUAUCUAGAAAAAAUGGUAUGGAAUUUUAAUAUUGACCAUUUAUCGGUUAUCGCCCAUAACAUGAAAACAAUUAUUGGCGUAUCAGUCAGAACUUAAUAUCGUGGUCACUUUGCUUAUCAUUUCAUCAUGUCACGCUUGGUUAAGACACGGUUAAGGUUCAACUGGGAGCAAAGACGAGGAAAAAUGAUGUUUUUAAAUGAUGGGGGCAUGAUCAGGGUCUCUCUAGCAUGAAUGGGUGGGACCCAGUUGUAUGGGGCAGAGUGCCUUACUGGCAGGACAAAGAGCAGUAUGAAAUAUGCAUUUUACAUAAAAAAUAGAAAUAUCUUAAGAGCUGAGCUUUUGUUUUCACCUUUGAUUCAACGGUGACAAACAUUGCCAAUUUUUUUCUGAUGUUGUGAAAAUGUUUCGUUAGUUAAAACUGUAUAAAGAUCAAAACUUCUGAUCUGGCACAUGUGGACAGCGGUAGGAGAAAAUAUAUCAAGAUUUUGUGUUUGUUACGGCAAACAAUGUUUUAUCCGAACCUGUCAUUCUGACCUUUUCAUUAGAUGGAAGAGACAGUGUUAAUGUGUUUCAUACGGUGAUAGUGAUCAACAGAAACAUUUACAGUGAUUAAAUCUCACAGUGUGGUGGGAGGGUUUGAUGCCAUGCAGUGUUUUGCCUCUUUUUGUAUUCAUUUAAUUGUGAAAUUGUCUUAUGCUGCUCUGCACCUGCCAUUCUGAUCACAGGCUGAUAACUGUGCCAAUUCAAUUGUUCUUGAGGUAUGUGGAAUGUAAUUCCAGAGCGGUUUUGUGAACCACAGAAUAUCCUGAAACUGCGUAGGGAGCUGCAUUGAAAAAGUUGCAUAUCAAUAGAAGCUUAUCACAUUCCUUCUUCUUAACACUGCAAAAAAAAUAUAUAUAUUGUCUUGUUUUCCUGUAAAAAUUAAACAUUCUUAAAACAAGGUACAUUUUUUGGAAAAGCAAUUAAAUAGAUUUGAGAAGUAUUUUACAUUUAAAUAAAUGUAGUUGCUUUGUUAAUUACCAAAAUGUAUUGUUUAAAACUUAGUUAAACUGAAAUAUUUUAAUUAAAUAUUCAAAUUAAAGUUUACUUUUGACAGAAUUAUAAUUAUUUUUACUAUUAAUUUUAAAUGAAUUUACUUCAUUUCACAAUCAUUCCUAAUUCAAAAUAUGUACACCAUUUUGAGAUUCUUAAAUCCAAUUUAUUGGAAAUUUUUAAUUAGGCGGAGAAAUAAGAAAGAAACUGAAGAAUUUAUUUUAAACAUCAUUUUUCUUGUUUUAAGCAUAAACCAUAAUUAUGCUUUAAAUAAGAAAAAGAAAAAAAAAAGUUUGCUGAUGGUGUAAGAAGAAUAAACCCAAUUUGAUAUAUAUUAUCAAGUAAAUUUAUCUUGUUUUAAGGAUGUUUAGAUAUUUUUGCUCAAAAACUAGAAAUCAUUUUUUUUUUUUUUUGCAGUUGAAACAAGAUAGUGUAUAUUAGUAACGUGUGCCACAAUAAAACGCUCCCUGUUCAUAUCUCCCUGAUGGUUUUGUAGCUAGCACAUAAUAUUUGUAGUCUCCAUUGAUUGCCAUCAUUGGGUGCAGUGUGCUAGAUUAAACUGCUGUUUACAUGGAGAGACAGACAGCGAAAAACGGUGAAGGAAAAUGUGGAUGCAUUUAUUGCACAGCUCAUAGCUUUUACUGUUUGAAGCUGUAUCCUGCCUGCUGUGAAAAUAAGACAAAGGAAAAAAAACAAAACAUUUUAUAUUAUUGAGGAAAAUAUUGAAUCUGUUAAAGAUGGCACGUGCUGGGGCCCAUUCAGAUCAAUAUUACUGUCUAGUGUUAGAUGUGUAUUUACCUUGUACAGCUGUACUCCUAUAAAUAUGGUUUAAUGUAUUAUUGAUAGUUUCAAAGACUAAGUGAUCAAAUAUUUUUAUGAAAUGCAACAGUACGGAUAUAAUAAAUUUUGCUAAAAUCUUGUUUACCUGUAUGAUAUUCUGAUAUACUGUUAAAUAAACUCUUGACAAGG